AUGCCUCCGAAGCGGAAGCCGGCCGAACCCGAAUCAUCCAGCAACCCAAACAUCGUGUCCCUUGGCCGACCCGAGGGUCUCGAGCCCACGGCACAACCAGCUCCCCCCAAACGGCAGAGGGUAUCGAGAGCCUGUGAUCAGUGCCGCGCGGCCCGAGAGAGGUGCGAUGGCAAACAGCCCUAUUGCUAUCCCUGCAUAUCCCAGAGCAGGCCGUGUACCUACGAGGUGAGCCCCAGAAAGAGGGGUGUUCAGACGGGCUACAUCCGCACACUUGAGCUGGCUCUUGGUCUAGUUUUUGAGAAAGUGCCCGGCAGCGAGGAGACUCUGGGUACUCUCGUCGGCCGGGACGGUCACCAAGGACACCUGAUCCUGGCAGGGAAAGACCCUCUCGGCGCAGAACGUCUACAGAAGAGGUGGCGGAAGAGCAAAGUACACAGGGGGAUAGACCGCAUCCUCUCUGGCGAGACACUCUCCUCCUCAGUACAGGGCCAUGGCGGGCUUUCCCCUUCGGCGGACGCUAGCGAUAUCGAGGCCAAUGUACCUCCGGCACGCAACAAUCCGGCUUCGGUAGCGCCAGACACGGAAACUGUCGCUCAAGAAACACUCAGCUCUCGACGCAUGAGUUCCGCACAUUUCCUGCCAGUUACCCCGAGCAACGAAUCACUAGGAAACACGCGAUCGCCAGCAAUGCCGAUGGUCGGCGUGUUCAGAUUUUCACAAGCUUUGCCGGAGCAUCUCAAGCUGCCUGCCAACCACUGGCGGUUGCUUGACAUUUACUUUUCGUACACCCAUUCCUGGCUCCCGAUUCUCCAAAAGCAAGAUCUAUUUCAGGCAUCCUAUCUCUAUCCAGACCAGGGGCUGGCCAUCAACCCAAAGAAUGCUGCCUCUGCUGUCCACGCCGAACUAUGGGCUGCCCUCGCGUUGGCAUCUGUCCAGGACGCCGCCAGCUCAAAGCCUUCCCCAUCGGAUUCCGCCGACCCGGCAAGCCCUUUCCCAGCCGAGGUCUAUGACAUUGCCCGCGCGCUCCUCCCGUCGGAGCAUGGGCCAUUUCAAGUCCACCACGCCCGCGCUUUCCUGUUGCUCGGCCUGGUCAACCUUGGGCAGGACAAGCUGUCGGCCGCGGCGCUGUUGACUGGCUCAGCCAUUCGCAUUCUCCUCAACCCAAACACGCUGCAGCAUGGCACCCAGGACAGAGACGGGUCGAGAUUCAAGCUGACCUUGAUGUCUUGUUUCCUGAUCGACACGAUCCUCGCGGUUCGGUGUAAUCAACCGCCACACUUGAAGGCCAACGAUCUGGCCGCCUUGACGUUGGUGUCGGAGAAUGGGGCGGACCAGUGGGAGCCGUGGACGCCCUGUGAUGGUUUCGGGAUAGGCAAUGCGGGCUCUCGAUCAUCUCGAAGCUCUGCAUUCUGCUUGAGCACCUUCAAUCUACUCUUCGUCAUAAUGAAGGUGGUCUCCGGGGAAAUGGCCGGAAGACGGCAACCAACCUUCUCGAGUGAGACAUCGAGUACUUUCGUCGCUGAACUACAACACGUGGUAAACGGCAACCUGCAGUUUGGCAGCUUCAUCGUCUCACCAACUUGCGGGAACGCAUCGGUCCCGACCCCCUAUGUUGCUCGAGUCACCUACCUCUGGGCUAGGGCGCUGGCGGAGCCGCAAUCGGAGAUGCUCCUGGAGCUGCUCCAUGACACGCUCGAGCAAUAUCAACGCAUUUUUGGGCGGUGCGGCACACCUCCCUUUCUUUCCGCAUGCAUCGCAUCGUUUGCGAACGAUGAGUAUCUUCUCCGCUGUAGCGAGCAGAGCCGACAAGUCCUGAGACGCCUGGUAUCCACCUAUUCCCCUAGGCGGCUCGAAGACAGGCAACCUUGUAGUGUUCGCAACUCCCCGCCCGAUCCUCUUUUCCGAACAGCACAAAAUGCGCCGGAACCGCUCAGUUCAAACCGGUUGUCUGACUCGAGCAACACCCAGCUGAGCUAUCCGUCUCCCGUUAUUCCGUCCCUCUACAACAGUUCGACGAGAACACAACACCCCCAACCGCAGGCGACCAACAGGGAGUAUGAGGCCUUCUUGGCCCCAAACAUGGCGAACAUGGCAGGCUCAUAUGACCACCGCUACUUCGCCAACCCAUUAUCAGCAACCGUGCCCACAGGAGGCAACAACAUGCACAUGCCGCGCCACCCUGGCACUGGCAUGGCCGCCGCCAUCCCGGAUUAUGAUGCGCUCCUUGCCGACCUCGCCUCGAUCGAGUCCACUGAUGCGCUCGAGGUUGACCCGCAGUUUAUGACCAACCUUGGCUUUGCACCGGGGUGUGACAUUACGGAGAUUUUGACGCGCGAUUUUGGGGCGGCGUGA